AUGAGUAAAGGUGUCCUUCCUUUGCGUAUCUUCAUACAGGAAACUUUGAGACGAUCAAGGACUAGCUACUCGACUCUUCAAGUCGCUUUGUACUACCUGAUUUUGAUCAAACCUUUUGUACCGAAGACCGAUUUCACCAUGGAGCAGCCGGAUGAUGCGCAAUCAUUCAGAGCUUUACAAUGUGGUCGAAGAAUGUUUUUGUCUGCGCUUAUUCUCGCUUCGAAAUAUUUGCAAGAUAGAAACUACUCGUCGCGCGCUUGGAGUAAGAUUUCUGGAUUACCAACUUUAGAGAUUAACCAAAACGAAAUAGCCUUUCUCCUCGCCGUGAAUUGGGAGUUGCACAUAACAGAAAAAGUCUUUCAACGUUGGACUGACAUUGUUCUCAACUACACACCGUCGUCGCAACCUCCAUCCUCAGGCGCUUCUUUAAGUAUUGCAGAACAGUCUGUCGAAUGGAAAAGAAUUGUUCUACAGCUCAACCCAGAAUUGGAUAACAUUAAGGAAAUUACAGGACCUCAAAAAGAAGUUUGUGGUCUUCCGCUAAGACCUUUCACGCCAUUGUCUGCUUAUCAUUUCCCUGGUUCUAAUGAAUCUACUUCGACCCCGAAGCAAUAUUCUCCUAACAUCAUGGAGCCAUCACCUUCAGUUGCUUGUCCCACUAGUAGACCUGCACCCGCUCUUGGUCUUCUCCCAACACCACGAUUGACUCCCCAGAGUUCUGGAUACAACACUCCUGCUGUGAGUGCUGCGUCUUAUAUGCUUGGCAAAUCCUCGAUGAGUCUCGCUAUGACACAGACAAGCUUUUGUGGUCCUCAAGCGACUGAAAAGUGGACAACUCAAUUUACCUCAUCUCCACAAGGAUAUUCUUGUAAUCGUCGAUCAUCUUUGGCCAAUUCUGUCUCGUCAAUGUCUUCACCAGAAUCAAUGAUUUCGGAUACUUCCUCAAGAUCAUCUCGUUCAUCUUCAAUCUCAUCUGCAUCGUCAUUGACGAGUGCGCCGGUCCCAGCAAAGCUGGAUGUCCUGGCGCGUUGUCGAUAUGCGAAGCUGUGUAGUAAGAAGCAGAAUAGAAAUGUUGUUGUGACAGUAGCAGAGAUUUGUGGAACAGACGAUGAAUUUGUUGCCGAUGCAGCCGAGAAAGCUGCGGAAGCUGCACGUGCUUUACAAGAAUUGCACAGUCAACCAAGAUCCACAGAUUCGCCCAACAAAGCUGGUGCUAAAAGAAGUAGGACUCAUUCACUUGAUGUUUCUCUUCAUGAAAAUGUACGGGAACUGUUGGCUGGAAGCGUGGUCCGCGACUCGGAAUGUCUAGCUGGUUUUGUUAAGUCAGAUGGACAAAUUGGUGCGCAAAUAAUGCCAACAGGUUCAUCUGGAAGAAAGAGACUUUGUUGUGCAACAGAAGCUGCUCGAGGACUUGCUCAAUCAAAUAUUUACCCAGUUUUUAAUCGCCCGGGAAUGUGGGAUGGAAUACUAAAUUAA